UCCUGCACGUGCUUGACUCCAGUCAGCCACCGUAGUCCCCGCAACCCGCAGUAUACUUUCUUAUGGCCCUUCUACCCGUAGCUCGGCGCUUGCUCACCAACUUGCCUGCCUUGCGCACUCACCCCUCCUUCCAUUUUUUCUCCCCCGCAGCCCCCUCCGCUGGCCGCGACUGCGCACGCGUACUGACGCCCCCACUGGCCCCGCGUGGGAGGAGGGGAUAGAAAUGAGUCUGGGCCGAGAAGCUCACGCGCGCUCCCUCCCCUCCCGUCGCUGGGCACGCGCCAGGCCGUGCAGCUUUGCGCGUCCGAGGGCAGCGCAGCAGCUGCAGCGGCCGCUGCGGGAGGGGCCCGGAGCCCCGCCCCCGGGGAGGGGCCUUCCGCAGGUCUCCCCUCUAUCCUCCACGCUGGGGAUGAAAUUUAGCAACAAGAAGGAAGCGGUUCACGCGGCGUCAAUGGACUGAGACUAAACCAAGACUCGGGUAAAGCUACCUAUUGGAGGCCCUACAGCCCUGUCCCCAUCAGCCUGGUAAUCACCGGCAUCGCCUACCUCCCUCUGGGUUCCUGGGCCAGCAAGAUGCUGGAACGAGAUGCAGAGUCCGCGGCCGGGGACACCGAUCCUAGUCCCACUUGCAAGGAACCAGUAACCAAGGGAAGAGCUCCCCACCAGGGCUCGCCGCAGAAGCCCAGCAAGUCGGUUCCAGGGCCUGCCACGUCCGCGGGGGCGCCUUCUCGACCCCGCCGGCGGCCCCCGCCCCAGCGCCCGCACCGCUGCCCUGACUGUGACAAGGCCUUCUCGUACCCGUCCAAGCUGGCCACGCACCGGCUGGCACACGGCGGUGCCCGCCCCCAUCCGUGCCCCGAUUGCCCCAAGGCCUUCUCCUACCCCUCCAAGCUGGCAGCCCACCGCCUCACGCACAGUGGUGCCCGCCCACACCCGUGCCCGCACUGCCCAAAGGCCUUCGGCCACCGCUCCAAGCUGGCAGCCCACCUCUGGACCCACGCGCCCGCCCGCCCCUACCCGUGCCCCGACUGCCCCAAGUCCUUCUGCUACCCCUCCAAGCUUGCAGCCCACCGCCACACGCACCAUGCCACCGAUGCCCGCCCCUAUCCUUGCCCGCACUGCCCCAAGGCUUUUUCAUUCCCCUCCAAACUGGCCGCCCAUCGCCUCUGUCACGACCCCCCGACGGCACCAGGCAGCCAGGCCACAGCCCGGCAUCGCUGCUCCAGCUGCGACCAGGCCUUUGGCCAAAGACGCCUCCUGCUCCUUCACCAGCGCAGCCACCACCAGGCUGAGAGCCAGGGGGAGCGUGAGUGAGUCUUCCCCUUGGCUCACGGCGCCCUCUGCCACCAGCCUGGGUCAAUAAAGAGGCGGCAUUUUUAAGCUGGGCUGUAUGGACUUGCCUUGACCAGACAGCUGGCAGGGAGACUGGCCCCACACUGGGCUCCAACUUAUAAGGCUGAGGAACUCUUUGCUCACCUGUUUGGGGGGAGGGGAAGGUGUCACCCACAGAAAGUUAGCGCUGGGCCCCAAACCAUGGGCUUGGAGCUGGGGUUUGAAAGCAAGCCCUGGCUCUGGUUUUUCCCUAUUUAUAAGGCAAAAGUAAAAAGUCUGCUAGCAUCGUUGGUUGCUGAGGAAUGUGGGGAACAGGGUCUCUCCUUAUUGUAAGUUAAAUUGGUGCCUCCAUCUUGGCCAUUUGACUGUCCAUAAAAAAUUUAAAAUGUUCACAUGCCCGUGUCAACUAUUCCACUUCUAGGAACUUAUCCUGUAGAUAAACUCAAGCACUGAAAAAGGCAUAAGGAUGUUCCUAUGUUCAAAAAGGCAUAAGGAUGUUGGGAAACCACCCAAGUGCCCAUCAAGAGGGGACCAGCUAAUGAAAUACAAUACAGCCAUAGAAUGGACUAUGUUGCUAUAGGAAAAAAACUCUAUUUGUACAGAUGUGGAAUGAGUCCCUAAAUAUACGAAAUGAUAAAAGCAAGAACAAAGGGCAUGCUGCCAAUAGUAUAAACAUUUUUUAAAGCUCAAGCUUAUGAGCCGGGGGGCCCUGGACAAGCUUUGUCACUUCUCUGGACUCAGAUGCCUUAUCUAGAACAUGGGAGUGCUAGGAGGCCUUUGUAAGGGCACAAGCAUCAUCUCUGGCAUCACUUCCCUUCUCGGAGCCUGUUUCUUCUGCUAUAAAAUAAGAAGGAGCUAACAAUGGACUGCGCUUCGUUCUUCAGAUGUGUAUUAAGCACCUAUAAUGUGCUGGACUCUGCCCAGGGUGGUAGGCACACAGCAGUGAACAAGACAGGCCUGGUCUAGCGAGGGGGAGUGGGUGCUAAUCAAGUAGUGGCCCAAAAAAGAAAGAAAGGAAAAAAAAGUAAAGGAGCCAAGUCCAUCUUAAAGAACAAAGUAGGGGAGGGAGCCUUGCCCCCCACCCCCACCCCCAGCCCAGGUACCAAGAAUGAUUUCAAAGUCGUAGGAAUGACAUCUGUCGUGUUGGCAUGGGAACAGGCGAGUGGAAGAGGACCGAGGGCUCAGAAACGGCCCGGUGCUCACAGGAGGUCCUGACAAGUGACAGUCCCCAUGACUAGAUUAGGGGUUGGCACACUUUUUCUGGAAAGGGCCCGAUGGUAUGUACUUUUAGGUUUUGCAGGCCACGGUGUCUGCCACAACGACCCAGCUCUGCCCCUGGAGUCCAAAAGCAGCCACACACAUUAUGAUACACGAAUGAAUGUGUGUGGCUCUAGCCCAGUAAAACUUUACAAAAUGGUAGCUGAGCUGGAUUUUGCCUAUGGGAUGUAGUUUGCAGAUCUCUGCUGUAGGUGAAUGGGGCAAGGACGGGCUCAUCUGUGAAUGAGCUGAGAGAUCUGGAAAAAAAUUAAGUGGGAUCCUGUGGAGGCAGAAUAAUGGUCCCCCAAAGAGGUCCACGUCCUAAUCCCCAGAACCUGAGUAUGUUAGUUUACAUAUGGCAGAAGGGGCUUGGCAGAUUUGUGAUUAA